UUUUAGCCUUUUUCGUAAAAAUAAAAAUAAAAAUAAAAAUAAAAAUAAAAAUCCUUCUAGCUUCUCGCCCAGUUCUUAAUUCUUUGGUGGUGGAGUGAGAACUCUACACUCGCCUGCGUCGGAAAUGAGAGACAAAGUUAUGCAACACGGCAAAAAACCUGAUCAGACAAGUAGUAAAGAACAACUUGGCUGCAUUAGGCUCUUCAGUUUUGGGAUUUAGAGAGUAAUUUGCUCUUACUUUUUUAUUUUGUCCUUCUGUUAUGAUUUCAUUUAAGUUCCCAAAUCUAACUGUAUAGUAUAGGGCAUGAUUCUUGUUUCUCUAUUAAAGAGUGGUAUCACUCCCACCACCACACACUUCAACCAGUUCCUCCUCUUCCUUUCCCAAUCCAAAAAAUUCAAACUCAUUAUCCACUUAUUCAAAUCCAAUCAAUUCAAACCAAACUCCAAUUCACACAGAAUUUUCAUACAAGCCAAAAAAAGACUUGUUAAUUCAUCAAUUCAACAACUCUGUGAAACAAGAAACCCCGGAAAGGCGCUUUCUACACUCCAAGAUUGUUUAGUAAGUGAUGGGUUUUUGCUUUCUUCGUAUACGUUUUCGUCAUUGAUUUACUCUUUGUGUAGUAAAGGAAGGAUGGAUGAGGCAAUUGAAGUGUUGCAGUCGAUGAAUAGUGAGAAAAAUAGAUACCCUUUUGAUAAUUUUGUAUGUAGUUGUGUGAUUUCCGGGUUUUUGAGUGUUGGAAAUGCUGAUAUUGCGGUUAAGUUUUUCGAAAAUGCUGUGAGUUUAGGUUGUUUGAAGCCUAAUAUUGUUACUUAUACGGGAUUAGUAAGUGCUUAUUGUAGGUUGGGAAGGAUCAACGAGAUCUCUGAUUUGGUUGCUAAGAUGGGGAUGGAUGGAUUAGAAUUGGAUGGUGUGUUUUAUUGUAAUUGGAUUUAUGGAUAUUUUAGGGAAGGAGGAAUUGAAGAGGCGCUCUGUAGAUACACUGAGAUGGUGUGUAGGAGAAUUGAGUUGGAUGUAAUAGGAUAUACGAUACUUAUUGAUGGGUUUUCAAAGGAGGGACAUGUGGAGAAAGCAGUUGGGUUUCUGUACAGGAUGAGAAAACACAGUCUGCAACCUAAUUUGGUUACUCUUACAGCGGUGAUAUUAGGAUUUUGCAAGAAAGGGAAAAUGUGUGAGGCGUUUGCUGUGUUUAAGUUGGUUGAAGAUUUGCAGAUUGAAGCGGAUGAGUUUGUGUAUGCGGUGUUAAUUGAUGGUGUGUGCAGGAAGGGUGACAUAGAACGUGCUUUUGAACUGCUAGGUGAAAUGGAGAAGAAAGGUAUAAAACCUAGUGUUGUGACAUAUAACACCAUUAUUAAUGGGUUGUGCAAAGCAGGGAGGAUGAUUGAGGCUGAUGAUGUCUCUAAGGGAAUCCCCGGAGAUAUUAUUACAUACAGUACGUUGUUACAUGGUUAUAUCGAAGAAGAAAAUGUCACGGGAAUGCUGGAAACAAAAAAUAGAAUUGAAGCAGCUGCUGUUUCUCUGGAUGUUACUAUGUGCAACUUGCUUAUAAAAGGCCUAUUUAUGGUGGGGUUGUUUGAGGAUGCUCUUGCCAUAUAUAAGAAAAUAUCGGAGAUGGGCUUGACUUCCAAUUCUGUUACUUACUGCACAAUGAUUGAAGGUUACUCAAAAGUAGGAAUGAUAGAUGAGGCACUUGAAAUGUUUGAUCAAUUUCGGAAGACAUCUACAACUUCAGCUGCGUGUUACAAUUGCACGAUUCAGGGGCUCUGUAAGAAUGACAUGCCGGACAUGGCAGCUGAAGUAUUCAUUGAACUAAUAGAUCGAGGUCUGCCUUUAAGUACAAGGAUCUAUAUGAUGUUGGUCAAAAAGCUCUUUGGUGUUAAGGGUGCUCAUGGAGUGUUAGAUUUGUUUCAGAGAUUGGGAAGAGCUGUGCAUGAAAAAUUUUGUUCAAUGUGUACUGAUUCUGUUUCUUUCUUGUGCAACAAAGGAUUAUCAGAGGCUGCAUUCGAUCUAUUAAUGGUGAUCCAAAGAAAUGGUUUUGUACUAAGCAAGAAAUCUUACUAUCUUAUAAUGAGAUCUCUUCUCUGUGGUGGCAAAACUUUUUUGACUGGCCUCCUUUUGACAACAUUCAUAAAGAAUUAUGGGAUGUUUGAGCUUAGAACAAAGGAGAUACUUGUGUACUUUCUUUGCAUUAAAAAUGUAGAAACUGCGCUUCAGUUUCUUGCUACUAUGAAAGGUGACAUAUCUGAGGUAACUUUUCCUGCCGAAGUUUUGAGGACACUGACAAAAGGUGGCCGAUAUCUGGAUGCUUUUAACCUUGUUGUGGGAGCGGGAGACAAGCUACCGCUCUUGGAUGUGGUUGACUACUCAAUUGUUAUUGACGGCCUCUGCAAAGGAGGACAUAUUGACAAGGCGUUAUAUCUUUGUAAUUUUGCCAAGAAUAAUGGAGUUUCUUUCAAUAUUGUAACCUAUAACUCAGUUAUCAAUGGGCUGUGUCGUCAAGGGUGUAUGUUUGAAGCUUUUCGGUUAUUUGAUUCAUUAGAAAAGGAUGAUAUUGUUCCUUCAGAAAUCACAUAUGGGAUACUCAUUGACACUUUAUCAAAAGAAGGUCUUUUAGAGGACGCUAGGAGGUUGUUUGAGGAAAUGUCCCUAAAGAAUCUUAGACCGAGUACUCACAUAUACAAUUCAUUAAUUGAUGGAUGCAGCAAGUUUGGUCUAGUUGAGGAAACCUUGAAGCUUCUCCUUGAUUUACAAGCUAAAGACCUAAUACCAGAUGAAUUCACUGUCAGUGCUGUACUUAAUAGCUAUUGUCAGAAGGGUGACAUGGAGGGAGCUCUUGGGUUCUUUUCUGAGUUCAAAACAAGAGGUACACUUCCUGAUUUCUUGGGUUUCAUGUACUUGGUGAGAGGCUUAUGUAAUAAAGGCAGGAUGGAAGAAUCUCGAUGCAUUUUGAGAGAGAUGUUUCAAUCAAAAUCUGUUAUUGAUCUUCUUGGGAGAGUUGAAAGCGAGAUUGGAACAGAGUCUAUUGGAAGUUUUCUUUCUCUGUUGUGUGAGCAAGGAAGCAUCCAAGAGGCAGUUAAUAUUCUCAAUGAAGUGGUGUCCAUGUUUUUCCCUGUUAGAGAGAAGAGAGUCGAUUAUAAAGACUUAUUCUGCAAAUACAAAACAGAUAUAGACUCCAGAUCAUGUGAGAGUCGGAGACUGGUGAAGGCAUCAAACAGCCGUCACAACCAAGACACUCAAGUAACCCAGUUGUUCGACUUCAAUUCUUAUUAUUGUCGUAUUGCUUUCUUGUGUUCAAAAGGGAAGUAUGAUAAUGCUAAUGAAGUGGCAAAAAUUGUUACUGGUUUUACGUAGAUCUUAUUUGUCUUUUGACAAAAUUGACUAGCUUCUCUGGAAAUGGUUUGAGCUGUACUGGUGUUUCCUGCCGGAUCAAAGAACCAUACAACCAUACAGGAGUUAUAUUGGGUGGAAAAAGAAUUGGAAGAUUAAACCAAGAAGAGCAAGUCUUAGCCACCAAAGCCAGUAAUUUUGGAAACUUGGCACGAUGGACUUAGUAGUAUUCUUUCUAAAGCAGAAGUACAGGCGAAUUGGACCUUCUUGCAAAGGCCAUUCAAGACUUUGUGGCAUUUUAUCUGCACCUUUACAAACUAUUUCGUAAAGCUGUAGCGAUGUCUCACUGUCACUUGUGUUAUUGCAGUAAUUUUGCGCACGUCACUUUCCCGUUAUAAGUUUCUUUCCCUCCUGCUUCCACAAUUCAUAAGGUGAGUUUGAAUGAGUAUUUAUCCGCUGUGGUAAGCUUAUUUCAUUGUUAUUACUUGUAUCUUUUGUUGCAGUAUUAAUGAGACAUGGGACUGACUCGGCGAUCUAGCUUCUUUCAUAUUGUGUUAUAGUAUUUGAUAACACUGAUUAAGCAAACAUCACUUUGGUUGAGAUUAUCCUACAGAUUAUCGAGAGUGGGUUAUAUUUGGAUUCCCUUGGAAGGCGGACUGCUUUGUGGAUGUACUGGUUAUCUUGGCAUCAAUGUCUGGAAGUGAAAGAUAUUAUGAUUGCACGUGUCUAGAUGAAGCUUGUGAAUCCUUCAUGCCACCUUUCAAGCAUUUUUUACGCGUGCUCAGCAGACAAAAGACAGAUUUCAAUUUCUAUGAAUGUUUGACUGAGGGAGAGAAGCGUAUUCUAGCCUCAGUUUUCUAUUCCUUGGAUGACGUGAUGUCGUGAUAUCUUUUCCAAGUUUUCUAUCACUAAUUUUAUGUCUAUUUUCAGGCUUCAAGUAAGUUUCCUUGUGAGAAAAAAAAGGUGGUUGUUUUCCAUCUGCAAUUGUGUUUCUAUAUGGUUGGAUGAAUAAUAUUAUGGAGAUCUUCAAUGUAAGAAUGUUAUUCUCUUAACUCAUAUUGAGAGGACUUGUAUAAAUUAAAAAAAAAAUUAUGAUUGUA